GCUCUCUAUGUAAAAGAAGCGUUAACCAUCGGCAUAAAACAUAUUUUCUCCUUCUUUACUUUAUAAAAUUUGCAAAGGUCUCACUCAACCGAAUACCGUACUACUUGUUUACUUUUCUUUUCCGACAGGUUGGUCAGCAAGUUGAUAUAUAAUUCACAUAACGUGAGUCUAGACGUGAAUACAGAACAAAGUCAAUACUCACGCUAUUGUGACUUGCUGUUCCGUUUCCGCUCCGAAGAUACUGGGGACAAAAGAGACUAGUGAAAGAGUACUACGAUAUAAACAGAGAAAAACAAACUGUAGAAUUCAGUCUUCCGCCAAAGCCCUCAGCCGAGCAAUGGCGAACUUCACUUUGUCAAAUGCGUCGCUAGAUCAUGAGAACUACUCUUCAUAUCUGACCACAUUGUACAUAUCAGCCUUCCUUCUUUCCUUCUUGUCGCCAAUAACAGUGGUGAGCAAUUCCCUUCUUCUGGUUGCAAUCUACAAAGACCCCUUCAAAUCUUUUCGUACCCCAGUCACUUACUUCAUCAUCAGUUUGGCAGUUGUCGAUCUCAUAACAGGUUUGGUUGCGGAACCAUUCUUUGCAGCAUACUACUUUGCCUGCUAUCGCUACCAGACAUUAUUCCCUGGCAAGGUUUUCGAUUAUCUUUUCCAAAUGGGUACGUUCGUUUCCCUUGUAAUGCUUAGUACGUCCUUCCUGUUGGUCCUCGCUCUAACAACAACGCAGUACAUCGCCAUCACUUACCCUCACAAGUACAGGAGGUUUUUCACGAAGAAACGUGUGUUGGUUUCCGUAUCCUGCUGCUUCGUAUAUUUCUCUAUUUUCAGCAGCUUGCAGUUCACGAAAUUCCCGAAAGAGAUCUACUUCAAAAUUAAUCUGCAUCUUCAUCCCACCGUUGUAGGCGUUUUGCUCACUGCAGCGCACAUUUUCCUUUACAAGUCUUUCCGAAAAUUUGUGCGAAAGUCUAAAGCCAUCCGACAGCAAAACAUGAUCAGUCGAUCAAUUUGCCAGCCUUCCCAAGUGGCACACGACAACAAGAGUGAGGCAAAGCAUCAGAAACAGCUGACCGUUGUGGCGCUUUUCCUCUCCGCUCUUCUGUUAUUGUCGCUUUUUCCGCAUAUUGUGACAUUCUACGUCUUCCUUUACACGAAACACCAGUCUAACGAAUUCCUGCUCCAAGUCAGCAUUGCACUGCGUGUAAGCGACAUGAUUAUGUUCCUAAAGGUUGCCCUGGAUGCCUACAUUUAUGCAUGGAGACAUCCCAAGUACAGGAAAGCCGUAAAAGACGCCAUAUUGUGUCAUAUUAUGCAAGCUGCUAGAGAACGAGAGACAGAGCAGGAGCUGAUAGCCACCGGGUAGACCUAGGCCCGGGGCGGGGAGAGGGGAUACUCCCCAAAGUUUUUUAGGGGUAUGUGCAGCUCGAACUUUGAAACCUGUACCUUAUUUCAGACCAAAAUCUGUGAUUUCCUUACCGUAUUUCAGAUCUGAGCGAAAAAUCGAUACCCCAUUUUAGACCUCCAAAAUUAGCACACGCCUGACCCCAGCUAACCCGCUAGUUCCUUGUGAACAAAAUGCCAAAUGCCAAGCCAAAGUGAAGCACAUACCUUAUUUCAGACCAAAAUGCUCAAAAUUUACAGCCUUUUUCAGACCAAAACCACUCAAA